CGCCGCCGCUCCGACAGCUUCGCCCCCUGUCUCCCCAGGGUUCUGAAGAACUUUCGCCAGGACCUGAGCCUGUCGCAGGAGGCCCUGAACGUCAUGGAUUCGUUCGUGGAGGACAUCUUCGAGCGCAUCGCCGAAGAGGCCUCGCGCCUGGCCCUCUCCAGCCAGCGCGCCGCCAUGACCUCCAGAGACAUCCAGACGGCCGCGCGCCUACUCCUGCCCGGGGAGAUGGGCAAGCCCGCCGUGUCCGAGGUCACCAAGGCCGCGCGUGAGCUUCCUGGGCACCACCUGAGCAUCGCAACCCAAAGGCUCUUCUCGGAGCCGCCUCGCUUGUCACGAAAAGACCUGUGGCUCUAAAAGUGGGAUCUACGCUCGUGUUUGUUCCCGUGGCUUUCUGCCGACGACUAAAGCCCUGUUACCGUGGACAAAACAUCAUCAACUCUACUUUAAUCGAGAGAGAGUGUAGUUUAUUCCAUGGCAAAUCGUGGGUUUUCCUUAACCACGUUGCUUUUCGUGGCUUUCCUAAACGGUCAUUCCUGUCGGUUUUUUCUCUAGGUCAGCCUUUUGGGGGAUAUUUUGCUGAUAGUUCUCCGACGAAUUUCGAGUUUGCGUUAACAUGAAGCAAUGGGGUUUGUAUUGUUUUCAAAUAAAUGUAUCGAAAUUUCUAUUCUAAUAA